CGGCUCUAUUUGAGAGGAGAAAUUGUGGCGCUGGGACCGCGGGGAGACUGACUGAAAGAAGAGUGGGUCAGUGACAGCGAAGGGAGUGUGAGGCUGGGGCUGCAAGGGGCAGCCUGUGACCCGGGGGCACUGACAACGAGGGGACUGUGACUGAGACGCAGCUGCUCGGGAGGGGUCUGCGACCCGCAGCAGUGAAUGCUGAGGGACUCUGACCUCGGAGAACACGAGGCAGAGGCUGCGAGGGGACUAUGACCGAGGAAGUAUGAAGCAGUGACAGCAGGGAACUGUGACCAAGGACCAACGAAUCGGAGGAGACCGAUCGAUGGAUAGUAACUGUGAGGGGACUCUGACCUAAUGGAACAUGAAGCGGCGGCUGCAGGGGGAUUCCUACCAACGAGCAGUAACUUUGAGGGGCUGAGUUGGAGAAGAGUGUGAGAUCAGUGACUGGACAGGUUAGAAGAUGGAUGCACAGAAUUCAGCCAAAGUCAACAUGAGGAAGAGGAGGAAAGAGAUACCUGGACCCAAUGGGGCAGCAGAGGAUGAUGGAAUUCCUUCAAAAAUGCCACGCUGUGCAAUUGGCUUACGACAGCCAGCGCCUUUUUCUGAUGAAAUUGAAGUAGACUUUAGUAAGCCCUAUGUCAGGGUAACCAUGGAAGAAGCCAGCAGAGGAACUCCUUGUGAACGGCCUGUGAGAGUUUAUGCAGAUGGAAUAUUUGACUUAUUUCAUUCUGGUCAUGCCCGGGCCCUGAUGCAAGCAAAGAACCUUUUCCCUAAUACAUAUCUCAUUGUGGGAGUUUGCAGUGAUGAGCUAACACACAACUUCAAAGGCUUCACCGUGAUGAAUGAAAAUGAGCGCUAUGAUGCAGUGCAGCACUGCCGCUAUGUGGAUGAGGUGGUGAGGAAUGCCCCCUGGACCCUGACACCAGAGUUCCUGGCAGAACACCGGAUUGAUUUUGUAGCCCAUGAUGACAUCCCUUACUCUUCUGCUGGGAGUGAUGAUGUUUAUAAGCACAUCAAGGAAGCAGGCAUGUUUGCUCCAACACAGAGGACAGAAGGUAUCUCCACAUCAGACAUCAUCACCCGAAUUGUCCGCGACUAUGAUGUGUAUGCCAGACGGAACCUACAGAGGGGCUACACGGCAAAGGAACUCAAUGUCAGCUUUAUCAAUGAGAAGAAAUACCACUUGCAGGAGCGAGUUGACAAAGUAAAGAAGAAAGUGAAAGAUGUGGAGGAAAAGUCAAAAGAAUUUGUUCAGAAGGUAGAAGAAAAAAGCAUUGACCUCAUUCAGAAAUGGGAGGAGAAAUCCCGAGAAUUCAUUGGAAGUUUCCUGGAAAUGUUUGGUCCAGAAGGAGCGCUGAAACAUAUGCUGAAAGAGGGGAAAGGCCGGAUGCUGCAGGCCAUCAGUCCAAGGCAGAGUCCCAGCAGCAGUCCCACUCGUGAACGCUCCCCCUCUCCCUCUUUCCGGUGGCCCUUCUCUGGCAAGACUUCCCCGCCUUCCUCCCCAGCAAACCUCUCCAGACACAAGUCUGCAGCCUAUGAUAUCAGUGAGGAUGAAGAAGACUAAUUUUUCAUCUCUCCUUUCCUCUCCCCUCCCUCUGUCCCAUCACCUUCAGAAGCUCUCUGUUGAAUUCUGAAUUGUGAUCCCAACACUAAACCUAAGGACAGCUACAAAGGAAAGACAAUUGGGGCAAGAGUACUUAGGAUGGGGGGACCAGACAGCCUAUCCUCUGAGAGACAUCACCCACCCCCACCAAGAAAGAGGCUAACUACAUCUUAGAAGCCUGUUUGGCAUCCAUAUACCUUCCCCAUGGACUUUGCUUUACUGUUUAUGUUCAUGUGAUCUUGACAGGGAAAUUGUCAUUUUUAUUAAUUUUUUAAAAAUUAGUCUUUCAAAUGUAGUAAAUAGAACUAAUUCUUUGCCCCCAAGGAGUGGGCAGAAGGAAGUGGUGUAAUACCCAGAGGCCUUUUCUUCCUGAUACACUAUAGUAUUUGCCUUCCGUUCUGAGGCAAACUGUUUUGCCAAGUCCUUCAGGCAAUGAGCCAUGCUGAUGGGUGAUUUGGAGGGGAAAUAUCAUAAUUUUGGUUUCCUUUAAAAAAAGCAAAAAGCUGAGUAACAGUCACAAAUCCCCUAAGUGUACUGCUGGCACAUGUGUCAUUGUGGCUAUGGGAAGAAGGAGAUCUGAGUUUAACUUUUCUUGCUCCCUGAGGAGUUUCUUAUUGGACCCAAUGGGGUCCAUGAAGACACUGAUGGGGAUGGAACCAGACCACAUGGCAUCUGCUACGGUUUUUCUGCUGUGUUCAUCUUCUCAGAAAACUCUGUGGCCCAGUUAUUUGGGAGCUCUUGUCAAUCUCUUUCCUGUAAUCUACCUUUAAAGGGAGGAACACUUCCAGGUUUAGUCUGAUUAAGGAGGGGAGUGGGACAAUACUCAAUCUUAUGCAAAGUCAGUUUUGAUUAAUUUUCUUCCUGAGAGUAAGUCCCUGGCCCUGUGACUCCUAUUUUAAUACUUACUACCUAGCUUUUUACAGAGGAUACUUUGUAAAUGUCUGCAGUUUGAACAUGAUCUGUUAAUCCAUGUUGCUCAUAGCCAUAUCAAAUAUUCAGAGAGAUUUGCACAGAACAUAGGCGCAAAAGCAUGAGGAAACACACCCCUUUCUAAAGCCUUUUCUUGACCUCUUCCCCUCUUAAGAGUGUCCUUGACUGGAACCAGUGCUCCAUGAGGUGUUUAUUUUCCCCUGAGAGUUGGCAGCUGGCAGGGAGUCUGCUGCCCUUCCAGCAAGUCACCGAGCAAGGGCUCACUUUACAAGAGUGUGGUAGGUUCCCUCCCUCUCACUCUGCCUGGUUCCACCUCCCCUGGUAUGUUGCCCAGGGGAUUCACUGCUUAAAUUUCACGUCAGAGAAUGCUGAAGCUUAACACUUGCUGUUGAGCAUAAGCUCUUUUUAAACCUAGCAUCCUACAGUACAUGACCUAGCAGAUCAUCAUCUAUCAUAAUCCUGUAGCUGGGUUCAGGGUGAAAAAUUGCUUAUGUCCAGGCACCAUCCCAUCACUCAUAAAUACCCCUUGUGGGGGUGGAGUUUUAGUGUUUUCAGCUAAGAAAACCACAUCUUAUCUUUCCUUGCCCCUCUGCUAGGGCUGUGAGCAUCUCAUAGUCCCCUCCCUAAACACCUUCUGUUAAAACUUGCUCUUCUGCCUGAGGGUCGGUGGCUAGAAUCACUGCCUGCCUGCACAGCAGGACUACCUAGGUCCUCAGAUCAUCCAGAGAGGCAGAGCACAGCAGAGUAGAGGGACAAAGAGGGGGAAACCUCUUGUCCUGAUGGCCUAUGAAAAUUACAUUUCUAACUCUUUUCAUGAAGUGCUAUUUUUACUAUCAAAUCUGGUUUACACAAGCUUUGGCUUGGAAUCCUUUUUUUGGAACAGUUGAAGUUAAUGUCUUCCUAUAUUACUCAGCUUGAUAUGAUCAAGCUGAUAUGAUCACAUAUUUUAACUUGCUGCUUCAGUCUUGCCUCUUUGGAAAUUCUGCCCAUUUCUGUCAAUAGAAAAGCAGUGAAAUCACCACUGAAGCCCACUUACGUGUUCUCUCAAAGUACACAUGUUAUCCAAGUGUAUUUGGAAAAUGAGGUGCCCAGAGUGUAAUUUUCCUCCCUGCAGUCACUCUUCUCACGUGUAUUGUCUGGAUCCCAAGUUUUUGGUCCUCCUCCUCCGCUCUGUAAAUGGGCUGCUUUUGGCAUAUCCUGUCCUUGGAAUAUGACCUCUAGGCUGACAAGCUCCAUGAGACUGCUAGCACCAGCAUGUGCACGUGUUCUUGGAAAACUCUCACCCCUUUUGGUGAACCUCUGUGGCCUCAGUCUCCUAACACUAGUAUAUCUUCAAAUAAUUUUGACUGAAAGCAAAGAAUUUUAUGGCGUGGCAUGCUAGAUACUUUGGGAUAAAUGUGAUCCUACAUGCCGGACAAGGGUGGGUGGGUGGAAGAAGCUAUAGGGAUGAUGCAUUGUUUGAUCAUCUGUGCCUAAUUAAAUGAAGUUAGAGGUUCGCAUUCCACAACCAUGCAUGUGAUCUGUAAAUCUUUAUUAUUGUUAAUAUUAACUUCUAACGUUAAUUUUAAUUAGCUGUUUCCCUGAAUCCCACACACAAAGCUGUCAGCCUGAAUAGAUCAAAUGUGGCAGAAAUGGGCCUUAAAAGUUGCUUGGCUUCCAGUGGUUAAGAAUCCACCUGCCAAUGCAGGGGACACAGGUUCGAACCCUGGUCCAGGAAGAUCACACAUGCUGCAGAGCAACUAAGCCCAUGCACCACAGCUACUGAGCCUGUGCUCUAGA